AUGGCUGAGGUUUCAUUCAACCUUUUCUUAGGGUUUAGGCCAUUUCCGAUCAGAAAUGGCGUCUCUCAUGGCGGUCCGGCGUGCUCGAACCCCCAUUCUUAUCUCCUUCUUCUUAAAGGUACGGUCGUCUCUCCCUUCUCGUUUUAUCUUUUCAUGCGGAAACCAGACAGAGACUCUAAUCAAAGCCCUAUGCACCUCGGCAACCCCUAAUGAUUUCUCAAAUUUCCCUCCACCGCCGCAACAACAUUCUUCAUCCGAUCCUCGAUUUCUUCAGGGCCAAUGGGGCUCACCGAACCAAGUUCAUUCUCGGAGUGGGAAUUUUAAUAAUCAGUCCUUCUCGGAGUUUCAGAAUCGCGACUAUGUUCAACAGGGAAGCUCUAAUAAUCAAAUGAAUUAUCGGAGUGAGAACCAGAGCUCUCACCCGAAUCCUGGAUUUUCCCGGCAGGGUCAGGGCUAUUCUCAAGCCGGUAACCCUAAUUCGUGGAAUCCUCCGAAUCAGAGCUACCCGCAGUAUCAAAAUCCUCCGCAGCCGAACGCUCAACAUUUCAAUUAUCAACAACAAAGAGGCCCCAACCAAUGGAACAAUCAAAAUCAGGGAUACCCACAAUUUGGAAGGCCUGGGCAGGGGAACCCACAAGUAGAGAAUUCUUAUCAGUUGAAUAAUCAAGCGCCAAAUCCCUCUGUAUCUCCUAUUGAUGAACUGCGGCGCUUUUGUGAAGAGGGAAAGAUUAAAGAAGCUGUUGAGUUGUUGAAAGAGGGUGUUAAAGCUGAUGCUGAUUGUUUCCUUGUAUUGUUUGAUCUGUGUGGGAAAUCAAAUUCAUUCGACAACGCUAAAGUAGUUCAUGAUUACUUUUUACAGUCAACUUGUAGAAGCGAUCUGCAAUUGAAUAAUAAAGUUCUUGAGAUGUAUGGGAAAUGUGGAAGCAUGAGUGAUGCACGGAGGGUGUUCGACCAUAUGCCUGACAGGAAUAUUGACUCUUGGCAUUUGAUGAUAAAAGGAUAUGCAGAGAAUGGAUUGGGUGAUGAGGGUCUGGAGUUAUUUGAGAGUAUGCAGAAGCUGGGAUUGCAACCCAAUUCACAAACUUUUCUUUUUGUAAUGCGAGCUUGUGCUAGUGCGAGUGCUAUAGAAGAAGGAUUUAUGUACUUUGAGUCAAUGAAAAAUGAUUAUCAAAUCAACCCAGAUCUGGAUCAUUAUUUGGGGCUCUUGGGUGUCCUUGGAGAACCUGGACAUAUGAACGAAGCUUUCGAGUACGGCGAAAAACUGCCCAUGGAGCCGACGGUUGAGGUAUGGGAGACAUUGAAAAACUAUGCUAGAAUUCAUGGAGAUGUUGAUCUUGAAGACUAUGCCGAGGAGCUAAUUGUGGAUCUGGACCCGACGAAAGCUGCCUCGAGUAAGAAGAUACCUACACCACCUCCCAAAAGGCGGUCUGCAAUUAGCAUGCUUGAUGGGAAGAACAGGAUUAGUGAAUUCAGAAAUCCAACUCUCUACAAAGAUGACGAGAAGUUGAAGGCUUUAAAGGCAAUGAAAGAACAAGGGUAUGUUCCCGAUACUCGAUACGUUCUUCACGAUAUCGAUCAGGAGGCCAAAGAACAGGCAUUGCUGUAUCAUAGCGAACGAUUGGCAAUCGCAUACGGGUUGAUCAGUACUCCGGCACGAACACCUCUUAGGAUUAUUAAGAACUUAAGGAUAUGUGGUGACUGUCACAACGCCAUCAAAAUCAUGUCUAGAAUUGUUGGGAGAGAGUUAAUUGUGAGGGACAACAAACGGUUCCAUCAUUUUAAGGAUGGUAAAUGUUCUUGUGGAGAUUACUGGUGAACCCAUCAUCAUUCUACAACACCCCACAACAGGUACCUGAUGAGUUUGUCGUCCCCAUAGCAGCAGCUCAAUGUAAAGUGUCAAACCAUCAAAAUGAUUAUCCAAACCCAGGAACGAGGUACCGAUCGGAGAUGAGCUAGCCCGCCUCAUACGGUAUGCUUAUCCUGAUGCUUAAUCAUUCGUCUUAUCAUCAUGUUUUUUUCUUCUUUUGCUACCGUUCCUUGCUGAACUGAAUUAGAAAGGAGUUAUGAACUUAUAGCAAAAGGAAACAUGGGAGUGGCAUACCAUACCUUGAAUUCUUUGUUAAAGCUUUCCUGAUUUCAAACAUUUUAAGAGAGACAUGGUUUGGAUGCAUAUUAGUUUUAUUGUUACUUCAUUA